AUGGAUGUACUCGAUGGCGAGGUCGAAUCGAUCAUAUAUAUUGCAAGAGAAAUAUCAGUCUACAAGAUUCCCCAUCUGAAGGCCAACGAGGGACAUCGUGCUAACGACUGGGGAGAUCUUGCACAACCGCUAUGGAAAGGUAGACUGCGCAUCAUCGAGAAGUCGAGUGGCGCGGCGCUGAUGUUUGAAGAUGCUCAGACGGGCGAAUUAUUUGCGCGUGCACCUUAUGACCCUCUUAAACCAUGCGUGGAAGCCGUCCUUGAUUCAUCCAGAUAUUUUGUAAUCAGGGUGGAGGAUGCUGGCAAGAAGGCUUACAUUGGGAUGGGAUUCGCUGAGCGGACAGAUAGCUUUGAUUUCAACGUUGCACUGCAAGAUCACACCAAGUGGGUCUUGGAAACGGUGAAAUUAACGUCUCUCACUUACAAUAUACCUAUGCCUAGACGUUUGAAAGCUGCUUUGAGCCCUCCUAGCCCCUCUGAAGAAACCCUCUCUCCUCAUAUUCCGGUUGGUCCAAAGAAGGACUACUCUUUGAAGGAAGGCCAGACGUUCUCCAUAUCUAUUCCAGGAAAAUCUGGUAAACUGUCAACACCUGGGACCAGUUUACUAGGUUCCUCUACCCAAAGCGAUGGUAGCUCAGGAGGGGCAGUACCGCUAUUACCGCCCCCACCUUCGUCAGGAAGGAGGAAAUGA